UUCUCCCAUGGCUCGGUAUAGGGAGAUGUUCUCCAGUCUGUACCACACGACUUCCCUGGAUCUACAUGAUCGGUCGCUUGAGCCGUUCCCGUGUGAUCUCCAUUCAGCAGGCAGCAGCGGGAGCGCGCACAAUGCCGCGCAAGGAGAGUAAAGAGGCUAAGGGGCAGAAGAAAGAUGCACCCCAGGAUCCACACACCACAGGUCCAGUUAGAAGAGAUAAAAGUGGAUCCAUUUCUAUUUCUAUUCACGCUAAGCCGGGUUCCAAACAAAAUGCUAUAACAGAUGUGACAUCAGAAGCUGUUGGUGUUGCCAUUGCUGCUCCUCCAUCUGAAGGAGAGGCGAAUGCUGAAUUGUGCCGAUAUCUAUCAAAGGUUUUGGAAAUCAAGAAGAGUGAAGUCGUCCUCGACAGGGGUGGCAAAAGUCGAGAAAAGGUUGUAAAGAUAUCGGCCAAUACCACCCCAGAAGCUGUGUUAGAGAAGCUGAAGAGUGAAUCGGGAAAAGGCUGAAUGGAAAAGAGCCGUCCUUGUGUAACGCUGGUUACUGCUAACUGAAGAAUGAAUUGCACACACCAUGAUAUAUCGCUCCACAGCGAUCUUUGUGGCAGAAUCUGAUUUUAAUAUUUGUGUCACAAGUGCUGGUGUGAAAAUGAUCUGGACGCCUUAAUUGUGCAUUAAAUUACCUGGAAAAGCAGUUGAUGGAGAACAGAAUGUACUGCGUCUGUUACGGGCAAAACUACAAUUUUUUUUAAUUAUUAUUUAAGAAUGAAUAUACUGAAUAUACUGUAGUUUCUGCAAUAAAUUUUUAAAUGGUC